CAUCGUUCACUCUCUUCACCCUUUGCAUUCUUUCUUUUCUUCUUCUUCUACCUCCGCUCGAAGAUAUUGUUUCUUCUCAGUAACAAACUUUGCCACAAAACUUCAUUGUUCUGUUUUGUUACUCCAAUCUUCAAUUUCAUUCUUCUGGGAAGGAUUUGGUUGUGUUUGGUUGAUCUGUGUUGUAAUCAGGUUUGGAAUUCUAGCUCCUGUUUGAUGUCUUUGUGAAUUCCAUUAGAGAUGAAGAGGUCAAGAGAUGAUGGUUACAUGAGUUCACAGCUCAAACGCCCUGUGCUGUCUUCUAGAGGAGAACCUUCGGGGCAAGCCCAAGUGAUGACUGGUGGCCAGAAGUUAACCACAAAUGAUGCCUUAUCAUAUCUCAAGGCAGUAAGAGAAAUGUUUCAAAAUGACAAGGAGAAAUACGAUGAAUUUUUGGAAGUCAUGAAGGAUUUCAAGGCCCAAAGAAUUGAUACAGCUGGUGUCAUAGAAAGAGUGAAGGAGCUGUUUAAAGGGCAUAAAGAUUUGAUUUUGGGAUUUAACACCUUUUUGCCAAAGGGAUAUGCAAUCACACUCCCAUCGGAUGAUGAACAGCCUCUACAAAAGAAGCCUGUUGAAUUUGAAGAGGCUAUAAAUUUUGUGGGCAAGAUUAAGAAUCGUUUUCAAGGCAACGAUCGCGUGUAUAAGACUUUUUUAGACAUACUAAAUAUGUAUAGAAAGGAACUCAAGCCUAUCACCGCAGUUUACCAAGAGGUUUCUGCUCUCUUCCAAGACCAUGGAGAUCUUCUCGAGGAGUUUACUCAUUUUCUUCCUGAUACUUCAGGAGCAGCCGCUGCACAUUUUGCUUCUGCUCGUAAUCCUCUCCUUCGAGAUAGGAGCUCUGCAAUGACAACAGGGAGGCAAAUGCAUGUUGACAAGAGAGAAAAGACAACAACUUUGCAUGCUGAUCGCGAUCUCAGCGUUGAUCAUCCUGAUCCAGAACUUGACAGAGGUGUGAUGAGGACUGAUAAGGAGCAGAGAAGACGUGAGAGAGAAAAGGACCGUAGAGAAGAAAGAGAUAGGAGAGAACGUGAAAGGGAUGAUAGAGAUUAUGAUAAUGAUGGUAAUCUGGAGCGUUUACCCCACAAGAAAAAGUCUGUUCAUAGAGCUACGGACCCUGGUACUGCUGAACCAUUGCAUGAUGCAGAUGAAAAGCUCGACCUUCUCCCUAACUCGUCCACUUGUGAGGAUAAAAGUUCUUUGAAAAGUUUGUGCAGUCCGGUGCUUGCUUUCCUUGAAAAAGUCAAGGAGAAGUUAAAAAAUCCUGAUGAUUACCAGGAAUUUUUGAAGUGCCUGCAUAUCUACAGCAGGGAAAUAAUCACCCGACAAGAACUACUGGCAUUGGUGGGUGAUUUACUGGGAAAAUAUGCCGAUAUUAUGGAGGGAUUUGAUGAUUUUGUGACACAAUGUGAGAAGAAUGAAGGAUUCCUUGCUGGUGUCAUGAAUAAAAAAUCUUUGUGGAAUGAAGGACAUGGGCAGAAACCACUGAAGGUAGAGGAGAAGGACAGAGAUCGGGGCAGGGAUGAUGGGGUGAAAGAAAGGGACCGGGAACUCCGAGAAAGAGACAAAUCCACUGGAAUUUCCAACAAGGAUGUCUCUAUUCCUAAGGUGUCUCUAAGCAAGGACAAGUAUGUAGGAAAGCCUAUAAAUGAACUGGACCUUUCUAACUGUGAACAAUGUACUCCCAGCUACCGUCUCCUACCCAAAAAUUACCCAAUACCAUUAGCUAGCCAGAAAACUGAACUUGGCGCCAAAGUAUUGAAUGAUCACUGGGUUUCUGUAACGUCAGGAAGUGAGGAUUAUUCCUUUAAACACAUGCGCAAAAAUCAGUAUGAAGAGAGCUUGUUUAGAUGCGAAGACGACAGGUUUGAACUUGAUAUGUUGUUAGAGUCUAUAAAUGCAACAAGUAAGAAAGUUGAAGAGAUCAUAGAAAAAGUUAAUGAUGAUAUAAUUCCAGGAGAUAUUCCAAUUCGUAUUGAGGAGCAUUUAUCAGCUCUAAAUCUUAGGUGCAUUGAACGAUUAUAUGGUGACCAUGGGCUUGAUGUGAUGGAAGUGUUGAAAAAGAAUGCAUCUCUAGCCUUGCCAGUGAUAUUAACCCGCCUGAAGCAAAAACAGGAGGAGUGGGCAAGAUGCCGUGAAGAUUUUAAUAAAGUUUGGGCUGAAAUAUAUGCAAAGAAUUAUCACAAAUCACUUGAUCAUCGAAGUUUUUACUUUAAGCAGCAGGAUACAAAAAGCUUGAGCACUAAAGCCUUAUUGGGAGAGAUCAAAGAAAUUAGCGAGCAGAAACGAAAAGUAGAUGAUGUUCUUCUUGCAAUUGCUGCUGGAAAUAGACGGCCUAUUCUUCCUAACUUGGAAUUUGAGUAUCCUGAUCCAGAGAUUCAGGAAGAUCUGUAUCAACUCAUAAAAUAUUCAUGUGGAGAAGUUUGUUCAACCGAACAAUUGGAUAAAGUCAUGAAGAUUUGGACAACAUUUUUAGAACCCAUGCUCGGUGUUCCUUCUCGACUGCGUGUUCCCGAAGACACAGAAGAUGCUGUCAAGGCCAAGAAAGAUUCUGCAAAAACUGGUACUGCAAGUAUUGCCAAGGGUGAUAGUAGUCCUGGUGUUGGUGCUACCGUAAUGAGUCCUAAGAAUACAUUUGAACAAUCAAAUUCUUGCAAAGAAUGGCAAACAAAUGGGGUUGGCGGGGUUAAAGAGGAUGAUUGUCUCAAAUCAGACCGUUCUGUGCCUAAAACUGAAACUUUGGGAAGUAGUACCCUGCAGGGUAAUGUUCAUAUAAAUGCAUCCAUUCCUGACGAAGUAUCAAGAGUCAAUAAGCAAGAUCAUUCCAUUGAACAGUUGGUGAAUGCUAAUGUCUCAAUGUCCUCUAGAGUGGAGCAAAGUAACGGAAGAACAAACAUAAAUAAUGCAUCAGGACUUGCUGCAACUCUGUCUAGACCUGGUUAUGUUUAUAGAGAGGGAGGGCUUGAUUUACCUUCAUCAGAGGGUGCUGAUUCUACAAGACCAGAUACGUCCACAAAUGGGGCCAUCAUCGAAGACACCAAAGCUCACAGAUGUCACAAAGAAUCAGUUGGACACUUCAAAAGUGAAAGAGAAGAGGGUGAAUUGUCUCCUAAUGGAGACUUUGAAGAGGAUAACUUUGCAGUUUAUGCAAAUGCUGGUCUGGAGGCAGUGCAUAAAGGAAAAGAUUGUAAUACCAGUCAACACUACCAAAAUAGACGCGAGGAACAAAUUUGUGGGGUAGCUGGAGGUGAAAAUGAUGAUGAAAGUGACGGAAGUCCUCAUAGAUCAUCAGACGACAGUGAAAAUGCAUCUGAGAAUGGUGAUGUUUCUGGUACUGAGUCUGCUGAUGGUGAGGAAUGUUCUCGAGAAGAACAUGAAGAGGAUGGCGAUCAUGAUAACAAGGUCGAGAGUGAAGGUGAAGCUGAAGGAAUGGCUGACGCCAAUGAUGUUGAAGGAGAUGGAGCCUCGCUGCCAUACUCAGAGCGCUUUCUUCUUACUGCAAAGCCUCUUGUAAAAUAUGUCAGCCCGGUGUUUCAUGGGAAAGAAGAGAAUGUUCAAAUUUUUUACGGAAAUGAUUCCUUUUAUGUGCUGUUUAGACUUCAUCAGACAUUGUAUGAGAGAAUACGAUCGGCAAAGAUUAACUCAUCUUCUGCUGAAAAGAAAUGGAGAGCUUCAAAUGAUACAAGUUCCACUGAUCGAUAUGCCAGGUUCAUGAAUUCUCUUUACAGUUUACUGGAUGGUUCUUCUGAUAAUUCAAAAUUUGAAGAUGACUGUCGGGCUAUUAUUGGAACUCAGUCGUAUGUCUUGUUCACGUUAGACAAGCUGAUAUAUAAACUUGUUAAGCAGCUUCAAGCUGUUGCCAGUGGCACUGAUGAGAUGGAUAACAAACUUCUUCAACUAUAUGCAUAUGAACAAUCAAGAAAAUCUGGAAGCUUUUUUGAUGUAGUUUAUCAUGAAAAUGCCCGUGUUCUUCUUCAUGAUGAGAACAUAUAUCGUAUUGAAUGUUCACCUACCCGAUUGUCUAUUCAGUUGAUGGACUAUGGACAUGAUAAGCCAGAAGUGACUGCUGUGUCAAUAGAUCCUAAUUUUUCAACCUAUUUGCACAAUGAUUUCCUAUCUGUUGUCCCCGACAGUAAGGAGAAGUCAGGAAUUUUCUUAAAAAGGAAUAAACUAAAAUGUGCCAGGAGUGAUGAACUUUCAAGCCAGGUUAUGGAUGGAAUACAAGUUAUCAAUGGUUUGGAGUGUAAAAUUGCUUGCGGUUCAUCCAAGGUUUCAUACGUUUUAGAUACCGAAGACUCUUUGAUUCGAACAAAAAGGAAAAGGGGAAGUUUGCAUCAGAAUAAUUCAUAUUGUGGGCCGACAAUGUCUUCAAACACUUGUUCAAGCAGAGUACAGCGGUUCUACAAAUUAUUUUCCAUCAAAUGAUGGUAUCCAAUUUGAGACGCAUAUGUAAUUUUGGUCAUGCAUCAGUGGUAGCGGCACCAGAUGGCGAUGACAUCGCAUCCUAGAAAUGGAGAAUGUGAUGUUUUUCUGAGAUAACUUACUUUCAUGUGCUCUUCACAUCUUCAAUCCUAGACACCAAGUAAGGGAUACAGAAAGGGAGAUGAUGAGGCUCAGAAGAUUGUAUAAUAUUGUGACAUGGUGACUGAUGAGUUAUAUCAUGAUGUAAAUAGAGGUAAUAUGUACACUAGGGAACAUUUUCUUUCCAUUCAUCAACAUUUUUGCUGUCUUAAUAAGUUUUAUUUCUCUUUUUAGCUCGUUACCAACUUAUUGAGAUUAUUAUUCAAAUUGUGAAAUAUUCGGCGGCUGCAAUUGGCCUCCACAUUCACUUAUACUGUGCAUCUUGGUCCCAAAUAAUAACUGUUUUAUGGGAAGAAAUCUAAAUUUAUCUA